CUCGCCUUCUUCCUUAGCUGCUCUAAAGUUUGCGAAGCGGGGCAGAUGCGGAAGACUGUUAUCAACUGCAGUCUGAGCAGAAACGUCUGAAUAAGAUAAAUCCAGCCAAAAGUUUUAAAAGCCUCUGGAGCUUUUUGUGUGUGUCUCCGGCAUAAAGAAGAAGAGAAUGGCUCAAAUUAAGAGCUCAAACUUGGCCAAAAGACGACGAUCUGAUCAGCCGCUCCUUCCUGCUGAGACAACAAUUUCAUUCUCGGCUCUCAACAUGGACGUCCUUGAGGAGAUCUUCUUGAGACUUCCUUCCCAUCUGGUUGUUUGUGUUUGCCAGUCAGUCUGCCUUCAGUGGAAAGAAGUGAUUGACCGAGCAUCUUUCUGGAGAGAAAGAUGCAAAAGAGAAGGUUAUCGCCCAUCGGAUCAAUCCAAAAUACCUGAGGACUGGAGGUUGUUUUACUUCUUGUGCAAACAGCGAAGAAAUCUGAUCAAGAACUCCUGUGGAGAAGAAAAACUGAAUGGCUGGAACAUUGAAAAGAAAGGUGGUGAUGGGUGGUGGGUAGGGCCUCUCAGGACAGAACAUCCAGAUAAGAAUGUAAAGAAAGACUACGCAACGUCUUUUGGAAUGUGUCUGAAGUCACAGUUGAUUGAUUUGAAGAAAGAGGGUUACACUUCAUCGUUUAUGGACACCUUCCAGCCUGACAUUAAAAUAUCUGACUGGUAUAGCCCACGGUCAGACUGUCACUCCCAAUAUGAGGUCUGUGUGGAUCUGCUAAACCAGAACAUGGAAGUUGUCCAGAGAUUUGCUCCUGAGACUGUAAUAUGUUAUAUUGAAGAAUGGAAUGAAAUGACCCAUUUAUUCCAAAACUAUGGACCCGGUGUCAGAUACAUUAAGUUUGUCCACGGAGGCAAGGAUUUAAGGUGGUGGAAAGGAUUCUAUGGGAUUCGUCUAACCAACACCUGUGUUGAGAUCUGCCCUGCACGUGAAGCAUAGAUCAUUUCAGCGUUUGUAAUACCAAUAUUUCGAAACCAGAUGAACAACUGACUAUGACUGCAUAGUUCCUUAAAAUCUUUUAUGUGUCUGAAUGUACAUUGGUCCUUUAAACCACUUUUAUGUAAGAAAUGUCCUAUAUAGAGCAAACACAAGCUACAAAAUGCACCACCCCAUAGAGGGGAGAAUUUCUUGAGACAUGUCCAUCUUUAGCAACAAAACUCUCAAUAUUGGCAUGAAGAGGAGCCUGUGUUUUUUUGUCAUUUGUUUAGUGUAACUAACAGUAAGAGGCACAUUCCUUUAGCUUUAUACUCAUCCAUUGAAAGUUGUGUGUCAUCAUUACAAGAAACCAGAGGGUGAGGGGGGGUGGGGCUGUGGGAGCACAAAAGCUCUCUUGUUUUCUAAAAAGGGUUUGGUUGACAGGAAGAAGAAGGAAAUCUUGAAGAAAGGUGGUCUGAGAAUAUAAUCAAUCUCAAAACUGAAACUUUCAAUCCAGGUAUGCAAUGAUAUUUGUGCAGUUGAAUAAACCACCUAUGUUUUUUUUAAACUUUUGGGUAGCAGUAUACCUUAUUAUUGCUUAAUCUCUGCUAUUUGGCAAAAGAGGAAUUUAGUUACAAAGAAGGGCUCAUUUGGGUUGUUUAAACUAUUGAAGUGUUGAUAUACAGAGGACAGAAUAAGAACAAAUAGAAAUGUAAUUCAUGUCUUUGUGAAAUUAAAGUAUUUGUGAAAUUUAGUGUACAGCGAUUAAUAGGUUCGAAGCUACUUCUUUGGUAUUAUGAAAAGCAAAAUAACUCCAAGGUAAUAGUUCUUAGUGGCUAAUAACAUGCCACUAGUGGAAGACCUGAAAGAAAUGUAGUAAGAGAUGCUGUGAGUGACAUCAGGAUUAGUGAGGGCAGAGUGCUGCCUCAAGCUGCACCUGCUGUCAGACUAAUGGGAACUGAUGCUGAGAGAGGUUUCAUUAUUGCACAUCAUUUGGUGUAGUCAAGGAAGUAUGUGUAACCAAAUGGUGACUUUGUGAUUCUUCUAACAACAAAGGCCAUCUUCUGCCAAAAACAGUAUUGUAUAGGUGUUCACAAAUCCUGAUGAUCAGUUUAUGCAGUAUAUGUAAUUUGUUGCAACUAACUUCCUUUGGAUCCAAAUAUGGAAAUCAGUCACUUAAAGAGGGUGUAAAGAGAAGACGACACCACGUAAUCCCGUUUUGUUUUAUUUCUAUUAGAAAUAGCUUGGGCAGGAUAGAGUAGGAUUUUACAGCGAUUUAGAAUCACCACUUAUAGUCCAAUGUGUUCUAAGUUGUAUGUGCAUGCAAUGUUUUAUUGAAACUUUGAUUGCUGUUUGAUUCUGAAAGCCGCCGCGCUGUGAAGCUGUGCGCGUCUCACUGUGUUUGAACACCUGAGCACAGACUCAGGUGAACUUAAAGUUGGACUGCUAGAACCGUAUGGUGGAAUACUCACUAUUCUAUUGUCUUCACUCUUCGUGUUUUUCCACUGGUUGCCGCCUAGACGUUUUAUGACCCUUUGUGUUUCACUGAGCUCCAACUUUGGGGGUUUUAUGACUGCAGCCUGGUGGCGGCCCCUCCCAAAGCUUUGCUCAGUACCAUAUUUUCUCUUGUUUUGCCAUAACUGCUGGUUUGACUUCCAUACACAUUCAAUGUUGUUUUAUCUUCUUUAGUUCUUUGGACCGGAGUCUUUGACAGAGAAACUGCUUAGUCAAUCAAUUAAUGUGGACGGCAUUAAUUUGGCCUCUGUUAAUAAUGUUAUUUUUGACCACUACAUCUUAUUUAAAUCCCAUACCCUGUCCAGGAGUGAUGCAGAAAAACUAGUCCAUGCAUUUGUUACUAUUAGGCUGGACAAUUGUAAUUCUUCUCUAUCAGGAUGUCCACAAAAUGCAGUUAAAAGCCUUCAGCUGAUUCAAAAUGCUCCAGCAAGAGUUCUGAUGAAAAUUAAAAAGAGAGAUCAUAUUUCUCCUAUUUUAGCUUCCCUUCAUUGGCUCCCUGUUAAAUCCAGAAUAACAUUUUUAAUUAUCCUUCUCACAUAUAAAGCCUUUAAUAAUCAAGCUUCUUCAUACAUCAGAGAUCUGAUUGUUCCAUAUGUUCUAACAGAGCACUUAAUUCUCAGACUACAGGUUUACUGGUGGUUCCUACGCUCUCUAAAAGUAGAAGGGAGCCAGAUUCUUUAGUAAUCAGGCUAUUCUCCUGUGGAACCAGCUCCUAGUUUUAGUCCAUGAGGCAGACACCCUGUCUACUUUUUAAGACAAGGAUUAAAACUUUCCUUUUUUAUAAAGCUUAUAGUUAGGGUGGUUUAGUUAUCCUGGGCUCUCUCUGUGGUUAUGCUGCUGUAGGUCAUAAAGUAGCAUAACUACAUACUACUUUUCAAUUUUGUGUUAUUUGCUGUUAUUUCAGCUUUUAACUUUAUGUUUUCUCUCUAUUUUUUCUCUUCCUAGUAGCUAAAACUUGCCUGGCAGCUAGUGCUGCUAAGAACUUAAUGUGCUCCUUCUACAAAUGGUACACUUGACCCUGUUUUUCAGUGUUUAUCCCUGUUGUGCAACCAGGAUGCUUAUAUUAUUUAACAUUUAAUUAAAUAGCCAUUUGAUUAAAUGUGAUUAGUUAGUCAGAAGCUGUUGCAACUACAUAGCGGUCCUUGAUCACCUCUGCAGUAAUGAAGAGGAACGCACGAAGGUCUCGUGAACCAACACUUAAAAAAACAUAUUCGAGCCAAGAUUGUUCUCUGAUUAAAAAAAGGAAAGAGUAGGCCUAGGCUAAGCUACGAGUGCCAUCACCGCUUUUAAAGGCGAGGCUCCAGGCGAAAAGGUAACUCUCUGAUCCGAAGUGACCCCACCUACAUAGACUGAAAAAUGUCAUGCUUGGUUUUUUAUUUAGGAAUGAUGAGAAAAGGAAAAGCACAGCUAUCAAAUAUCAAUAUUAUUUCAAUAGAUACCUACUACCUGUAGGCUACAUACAGAUUUUUGGAGAUAUGCCCAGUCAAAGUAGCUCACAAUGCCAAUGUGAAGCAAAAUGCCAGGAUAUAUAUAUAUAUAUAUAUAUAUAUUUUAAGCUUAUGACUGCAAAAUGAGUGCAAAGCAGGACUCAGACUGGUGGAGCCUUAUCAGAGCGCUGCACAAUGAGGAUGUAAAAGUCAAGUUCCAAAACAUCGCAGUGUGGCCCUUACUAGCUCUGUUAAGAGUGCCUUUUUCCUGGACAAUAUUUCUUUCAUUUCAAAGGAGUUGCAAGUUCCGGGUCUUCUGUCUUACUCUUCUUUAUGUCCUCCUUCACAUUCUUGUCUAAAAAUUGUUUCUUAAUAAAAAUCAUGUCCUUAUGCGUAUUUACCCCCUCCUCCCUCUGCCUUAUAACUGGCAUUAGUAGCAAAGUAGAGACUUGGGUUAUAACUGUGUGUUCUACUCUCAGGAGCAAUAACAUCUGAUUUUUACACUGAAACAAAAUUUAAAUUCAGAUCGGUCAAAUAGACAUUUUAAAACGUG